AUAAAACUGAAGCGCCAGGUUCUCCCAAAGCUCUACGCGAGGCAGGCGGUAGGCGCGUACCACUCCAAAGCUCUUCUAAUAAAGUGCCAAUCUAGGAGUAAAGAUGUACAGAACUACAAGGUACCCAAUGAUGCAGCCGCUGGUCAACUCAGGAAUGGGCAUGGCUCCUUUCUUCAAGGUGACCGUGUUCGAGCAGGAGCAUUUCCAGGGCAAGUGCCUGGAGUUCACCUCCGAGUGCUGCAACAUCCAGGAGUGCGGACUGGACAACAUCCGCUCCAUCAGGGUGGAGAGCGGAGCCUGGGUGGGUUUUGAGCACCACGACUUCCAGGGCCAGCAGUUCAUCCUGGAGAGAGGAGAGUACCCUCACUGGGAUGCCUACAGCGGUUCCCUCUCUUACCACGUGGAGCGCUUCAUGUCUCUGCGUCCCAUCUACUGCGCCUCCCACCAGAGCAGUCGUAUGAUGAUCUUUGAGAGGGAGAACUUCAUGGGCCGCAGCGUGGAGGUUUGUGACGAUUACCCCUCUCUGCAGGCCAUGGGCUGGAUGAUGCCUGAAGUUGGCUCCAUGCACGUGCAGUGUGGCGCCUUUGUGUGCUACCAGCACCCUGGCUACAGAGGCCAGCAGUACAUCAUGGAGUGUGAGAGACACAGCGGAGACUACCAGCACUGGAGGAACUGGGGAUCCCACUGUCAGACUCCCCAGAUCCAGUCCAUCAGGCGCAUCCAGCACUGAGAGGAGGACGGGCUGAGACUGAGACAGCAGCUCCCUUCGAACCUCCCCGCUCCCUUUACCCUCUCCUCUUUCUUUCUUUCUUCAACCCUUUCCUUCCUCUUGACUUGAGCCGCAACAGCCGCCCCAACCCUACUCAGCACCACUACUGAUUUACAGUCGCUGCCAGAGUGUGAUAAGAGACAAUAUCGCACUGUUAAAGCACAGGGAAACACACACUCCACACACACACGCGCUGACACUUGCACAGUGUCUUUUGUAUUUGGUUUAGAGGUCCCUACACACUCACACACAAACACACACCUGUACUGUACUCUCACCUGAGCUGGGCGAGCAACCAAACAGAGGGGAGAUGAAGCUUCAACACGGCGCAAUUAAGCAGGCAAAGCCUCCCUAGCUGCACUCACCCUCCUCGAUGACUGCGCUGUGGUGCAGCUCAGAUGUGUUUUGUUGUGUGUAGGAGGUUGAUCCACAGGUUGAUAACUAAU